AUGGCGUUCCUUCCUUGGGUUGACUUCGUCCGGGAGAACCGCCAGACCACUCUCUGCACACACGACACUGCGUUGAAAGAAUUCUGUCGGGAGACUCAGCAAACAUCCCCUUCAUUGAUCACCUUCUUCGGGUCGAAGAGAAAGAAAUCGGUUGUUUCUCGCUUGACUGGAUACAAAACUCCAGCUAGAAAACAUGGCCAGCUGCAGCUCAUGACUCCAAAGGUUGCAAGCCUAUCUGCUCCAGUUAUCUACGCAGAUUAUGAGCACCACCAUCAAGAUCAGGACCUACCAAAUACUAGCACUGCGACCUCAAAAAUACCUAUCAAAUGGAUCGAUGCAGAGGAGGAUGGUAUUCGCAACUUAUCUGAAGCUUUUACAUCGUCCGUUUUGGCUCCCAUGUCAAAUGUGCUCUGCUAUUUUGCGGCGGACACGAACGGUAUCUCUGGCGUUUCGAGAAUACUUGCCUCACAGAUAUGCUUAGCCGAUUGGUCUAAGUAUCCUUCUUCGAUUCGACCGCAUGUGUUAGUGGUUGUAGAUACGCGAUCUAUUAGGUUUGAUGGUCGUGCAAUGGCGCAAAAGAUCCGACAGCAGACAUUGGAGAUUAUUCUCGAAAAGGAUGCAUAUAAAGAUUUGGAGAGCGCAGAACUCGAGCUGGAAUCACAGUUUCGAAGCAUUCAAGUCUUUGGCCUGAGCAAAGGUCGAGCCAGUCCUUACAGACUUUACCAACGACUGUUUGCCUUAAAUGAGGAAGUACAUUGGACGAAGAUGACAUCCAAGUAUCUCUUCUCUGUAGCUCAUCUGGAUGCUUUAUUUGAGCGCCUAAUCUCUCAAUUUGGUAACGAAUUGUCUUCCUUCAGCUUUGUUAAAGAAAGUCGGCCAGUCGGCUUUACGAAAACCGAAUUUCCCUCCCACCUCGAGGAAAUGUUUACGCUGAUGCCCAGUCCGUCAUACAUCUGGGCUGUUGUCAUCCCUUUGAUAGCUUCGGCCAUUCAUCUGGCUAAUUAUCCCCCUGCCGCCCAUUUAUUCCGACCAAAGGACAUUUUCGAAGAGCUGUACGCAGGCGACUGUAGAAGACUCAUACGAAAUUACACCAAUGAUCUUGAAGUUCAGAAACGAUUCAUUCAGAACAUUCAAGCAGAGUUGGAUGGUCUUGUUCAGCGGCACGAGAACGAUCCACACAAUCAUAGUGCCGUUCGUCAACAUCGUGAAUUACUAGAAGGUCUUUCACCUCAUCUAGUUAAGAUGAUUAGCUUUCGGUCGUGUUUCUGUUGUUUGAUGUCUACUCCCGAGAAAGUCUUUCAAUGUGGCCACGCUAUAUGCAAUUCUUGUGUACGCCGUUUUGGAAGACACUCGCGUUACAACAAGCAUGCUUUCCAUUUGCCAGCAUGCAUUCUCUGUGGUGUAGAUCAACCUAUGGUGAAGUCGACAUUUCAUCUAGUCCCGCCUACUGCGGGAAUCCGCACUCUAAGCCUUGAUGGUGGGGGCAUCAGAGGUGUUAUACCGCUUACAUUCCUGUCAUAUUUAGAGAAGGAGUACGACUACCUCGGAUGUUCCUUUCAUGAUUUCUUUGACUAUAUCUGCGGCACUUCAGCUGGAGGUUUGAUUGCCAUUGGUAUCUUUUUGAUGCAUUGGAAUUUGGAUGACUGUAUGACCCGAUUCGAACAGUUAUCCUUUGAAACAUUCAAAGUAAACCAGGAAGAGACUUACUCAUAUUCUCAACGCAUUCGUCGAAUCUUUCAUGCGUGUAUUCAAGAUCAUAGAUACAACACAUCUCCAAUAGAGAAGGCAUUCAGUUCAGAUUUCAGUCUGGCAGCCAAACUCUUCAACCCGUUACAAAAGGACACCAAAGUUGGUGUUACGGCGGUGACGGUACGAGAAAGUAUCUCUUGCAUUCACACAAACUACAAUGGAAGGCCUGUCUCCGGUAACCGUAAUUAUCGGCAUGUGCGGGCAAACGUGCAUAAUGACGAUAUCUCGAUAAGUGAUGCCGCUGCCUGCACCUCCGCAGCACCCUUCUUCUUCAAACCAAAAGACGUCUACCAGUUAGACACGUAUCAGGAUGGGGGUCUUCACCACAAUAACCCUGCAUUCGUCGCUAGCUGGGAGUGCUGUCGCUUAUGGCCAGAGAAGUAUAAGAUGUUUGAGCAGAGUACGGCAGGGCUGGAUUUUAUGCUCUCCCUGGGAACGGGGGCAUCAUCUACUUCCAAAUUCCAGGUCGGACCCCAUUCUCCCAAGAAGGAUAGAUUUAUCGGACGAAUUCUCCAGUCCAUGUCUAGAACACUGGAUGGGGAGGUUCAGUGGGAUCUUUUCAUUAGUUGUGUCCCCACGGAACUGCGUGAACGCUACUACCGGCUCAAUGUUUACUAUCCUGGAUCUCAGCCCAAGCUCCAUGAAGCCGCAGCUAUUGACCAACUAAAGCGACAAGCAAGCGACGCAUUGAUCGCCAAUCUUCAACUCAGCUUAGCAAAAGAUGCAAUGAUUGCGUCAUCAUUCUAUUUCGAGAUAGACGAGUUUUCUCGCCUUGAGAGAGGAGCCUACAGGUGUCAGGGUACAAUUUUCUGUCGGUUGCCCCUGAAGAUUGCGGGGAGGAAAGCAUUGUAUAAAACUUUGGAAGAAAGCUCGACUGUGUUUCUGGUUGAUGGACAGCAGAUACCAUGGAACACAAAGAUGAAUCACUCCCUAUCACCUUUCUUAUGCCCCGUCAACUUCGUUGUCAGCAGCCUACAAGACUGGUUCGAAAUCAGCAUCCGACAUAUCACUACGAAAGAGACCAGAAUAAGUGGUAUGCCUGCACGUGUAAUGGAUCUUAUAUUACUUCAAGGCCUCAACGCGCCAUUCGGGUCCAUCGAAACGGUCGAAAUUGAGCGACCCUUGCCUGCCACCCCCUUAAAAAGAAGGCUGAAUCAGCUUUGA